CACAAACUGCGUCUGCAGCACCUACAUAGAGAGGGCUGGCAACGGUUGCCGUGCUGCAGCCCAGUAAACCUGCAAGCCAAAGUCUUACGUACCCACAAUCUCAAUCAUGCAGCUGUGUAGCAUAAGGCAAGGUACCUGAAUUGGGGCCUUGCAAAAGACCAAUCGUCGCCAGCAGCACAGUCUUUGCCAGCAGCGACACUGCUGCCGUAGUGUGUCGCGAUGGAUUACUUCAACUUUGAAGUUUUUGUGCAUGCGCUGGAGUUUGCGGACCCAGCUUUCGUGGAAGCAACCGCUGGGCCAGCGCUCAGCGGCGAUUUCCCGUCGGCAUGCCCCUACGCGGUUGCGUUCAACCUGCUGGACUACCCAAUUUUACUCGUGUACGCGAAACAGCCAAUGCUGGACACAUCGGCGGCGUGGCCUCCACCGCCAGUCGACUUAAUUGAUUUCCAGAGCGGCAAGGCUUGCAUGCUCCAGGCCGACGCCGAGGAGCUGCAGUUCCUGGUCGAGCAGACGCCCCUCUACGUCUCUCUAUUCCAUGUCAAGACGCUGCCCAAACCCACCAUGCUCGCGGCGGGCCACACGCCGCUGCUCAUCACACCCGCCCCCAUCCCCCACGCCCCCGCCUCGGCCCCAGCCCUCCCUGCCGGUAACCACUUCUUAACCGACAUGCUCAGCCCGGGUGCCCGACCCACGCCACACGCGCCUGCCGCCGCCGCCGCCGCCUUGGCGGCGGCGCCGCCGACGGCGCUGGCAGCCGCCGCCGUACGGCAGGUGACGGUGCACAGCCCGGGGGGUCUGGAGGUGGGUGUGCUGCACGUGAGCGUGCGGCUGACGCACUACGGCGCACGCGUGCCGCCGCUGUCCAGCCUCACCAUCCUGCCACAGCAGCUCACCUACAGCCGUGCAGCCGCAGCUGCUGCCGGCGUCGACGGCACCGGGCCCAACACCGCUGCGGGCAUGGGUUCGGGGUGGGGCUGGGGUGCAGGCGGCGCGUCGGUUUCGCUGAGUGGAGGAGCGGGGCCUUUGGGUGCGGGAGCGGAUGCCACAUUAACACUGGGCGCGGGCCUGGGCGCGGGCGCCGCUGGAACGGCGGUGGUCGUUCCCACACACCUGCAGCAGCAGCAGCAGCAGCAGCAGCAGCAGGGGACGCUGACGGCGGAGUCGGUGGCUGCGGCGGCGGCUGGCGCGGCGAAGCUCCGGCGGCAGCGCGCGGCGGCGGUGGUGGCAACGGCGCGUGCACCUCCGCCGCCUCCGCCGCUCUUCUUUGCAAACGACCCGCUGCUUGCCAACCAGCCGCAAGCCUUCCUGCAGCGGGCGCAAGAGGCGGUGGCAAAGCAGCGGGAAGCGUACGCCGCAGCCGUUGCGGCGGCGGGGCCGCCGCCGCCGGCACCAGCCGCCGCCGCCGCCGGCCGGCGGCUGCCAACGGGCCGAGCGGCGACCACGGCGGAGCUGAUGGCAGCUGAGGAGUUGUACGAGGCGGAGCGGUUGGCGGCGGAGAGGGCGGCGGAGGAGGAGUUGGACAGCGCGGAGGAGUGGGAGAUGGAGCGGGAGGAGGAGCGGCGGCGGCGGGAUCGGCGGCGCGAGCGGCAGCUGCGGGCGGCGGAGGCGGCCGUGCCCGGUACGGCGCUACUGCAGGCGCUGUUUAUGCCGGGAGCUGGCGGCGGCGGCGGCUCGGCGGCGGCGGGAAAGGGGCUGACGGAACGGCAGAAGCGCGCCAUUGACCGAGCGACGCGGCCGUACGCGGCUGUGCUGUCGGCACACGAGGCUUUGCGGGAGGGGCGGCACGAGGGGAGGGGAGGGUCGGGCAGGGUGGCGGUGGCGGAUGGCGGCAGCGGCAGCGGCGCACGGCGGCCGGGCACUGCACCGUCGCCGGGAGUAGCAGCAGCAGCAGCAGCAGCAGCACAUGGCGGCGGGAAGGGCGGGUUGGUAAGGGAGAAGGUGGGUGUGGGGAGCGGCACGCUGGCUGCGAUUGCCAAGGCAGGGCCCUCUAGUGCGGCCAAGACGCCGGCGACGGCGCUUCGUGUGGCCUGGGCCGCGGACACGACCGCCUCCGCAGGUUCCGACAACACCGGGCCCCGCCGCAGCGGCGGCGUCGUAGGCGCGUCGCCGGGCCGCAUUCCGGCAUACCGGCCGGAGCAGCGGGCGAAGGCCAUUGGAGCCGCCACAGCUGCAAGGCGGCCGGGCACGGCAGCAACAAGGACCACAACAGUGACCGUCACCGCUGGCGGCAUGCGGUCGGCAACGACGACGACGGCGGGGGCUCGGGAUGGCGCCCGGCCAAACAGCGCAGGCCGUACGCGGGGUGUCGGCCGCUCGCCGCCGCGCCCACGCAGCGCCAGUCCUCGUAAGAGGGCGGCGGCGGCGGCGGCGGGAGCCAAGCCGGCGGCGGGCGGCCCGGCGGCGCGGCAGCAGCUGGCAUUUUCAGGCCGGAGCCCGUCGCCGCGGCGGCGGAAGGCGGCGGCGGCGGCAGUGGGCGCAUCGCCACCACGGCGGACACGAGGCAAAGGCAAAUCUGGAUCUAAGUCGCCACGACGGCGGCGUAUGGCCAACGCCAAUGGCGGCGGCGCCGCCGACGCGGCGGCGGCAGAAGAUCUGGAAGACGACUUGGCGGCGCAACUUGACGCCGACGGCGGCCGCGGUGCCGGCGGCGACGGUCCCGGUGGUGAUGAUGAGGCGGCGGCGCUUGAGGCGAGUGCAGAGGUGGAGGAGCGCGGGGAGGGAGAGCGCGGGUACGAGGAGGAGGGGGUGGUUUCGGAGGCGGAGCGGAACAGGCGGCGCUGGAGCGACGACGUUGCCUCUCCCGAGCUGCCACCCCGGUCCCGGCGGGGCGGGCAACCGCACCACAACCAUCACCACCACCGCCAACACCACUCCGAGGACCAAUCCUCGUUGGACAACUCCAGCAUAUCAACCACCUCAUCCGAGUACGCGGCACAGGCGGCGGCGGCGCGAGUUGCCGCCGCGGCGGCGGCCGCCGCCAUGGCUGGCGGCGGCGGCGGGCUGCUCGGCAGCAAAGGCGCCGCCGCCGCGGCCGCCGCCGCUGGCGGCGGCGGCGGCAACAGCGUCUACCAGAUGAGCUCGGUUCUCAUGUGGGAGGUCAUGAGCUUAGUCACGAUGCGCACGGUGCUUAGUCAGGCACUGAGCGCGAUGGGCGGCCAGAUGAGCGGAAUGGCGGCGCAGGUGGCGGCGCAGGCGGCGGCGCAGGCCAUGUCCAGUGUACAGCCCUUCAUGGCGGCGCCAGUGGCGGGCGCCGUACCGCCACCCGGCAUGAUGCCGUACAUGAUGAACCCACAGAUGAUGGCGAACAUGCCCCCCGGCAUGCCCGUCUACUUCCCGCCCGGCCAGGCGCCCACCCAACCCCAACAGCAGCAGCCGCAGCCCGGCAUGGGCACCACCCAGUCCUACUGGCCCGGCUACCCGCCGCCCACCGCACCCACCUCCUACGCGCAGCAGCACGAGCUGGCCAAGGCGGAUGCGGGGGCGGCGGCGGCGGCGGCGGCGGCAGCAGGGGGCCGCGGCAGCCAGCGCCCCUCGCGGCGCUCGUCCAGGCGCUCCUCUGCGCCGUCAGAGGUGUCCUCCGAACCCAGUGGAGGCCCGCGCGCGUUCGGGCGGCUGCAGUCCUUCGCGGUGCGGCCCGCGCCGCCUAAGCCGCCGCCGGCGCCCGCCGCUCGCAGCUCUGCCGGGGCCUCCUCCGUAUCUGACGACGAAGCCUACAGCGAGGAAUUCAUGUCGGCAUCCUCCACAGGCACAACCUCGCCACGCAAAGCCCGCACCGGCGCAUCGCGACCGGUCUCCCGCCGCGUCAGCGAGGCCGCGGGCUCGGAGAUACCCGACGAAGACGACUGGGGCGCGUCCACGUCCGGGGGCGGCGCCGCCGGCUCUCCGGGCGGCUGGGUCAAGGAAACGGUGCGGACCGGCUUCAGCCCGCCCGCCGCCGCCAGCAGCAGGCCGGCCACACAGCAGACGACGGCGGCGGCGGCGUCCAAAAUGUCUUCGGACUCGUACAGUGUGGAUGAGUACGACGACGACUUCGAGGCGGAUGAGGGACUGAACGCCACGGGUCGCAGCGGCCGGGGGGCGGCGGCGUCUCGCGCCACCAGCCGCCGCACGCUGCACACGGAGCGGAGCGAGGUGGUGGAGGAGGACAGUUUGCUCAUGGACGUGGACGAGGACGAGCGGGAGGGCCGCACGCCCGCCGCCAGCGCGCCCGCCACCGGCACCGGCAUCCUGCGCCCCACCAGCUCGUCCGUGGUGGACGACACGCCCGGCCCACAUGGCGGCGGCGGCGGCGGCCAGCGGCGAGUGGAGCGCACCAAGAGCAAGGUUGCGUUCGUGAUGCCCGAGGAGCUGGCCAAACUGCACAAGACCAUGCAGCGGCACAGCAACAGCACCGUGACCCUCAGCGACCCGCCCAGCAGCGAGCCCAGCAGCACACUGGGGCCGCUGCCCGGCGGCAUGGGCGCCAAGAAGAGGAGCGAGGUGUUUGAGCAGGAGGUGCUGGCGGUGGACCCGGAGGAGACCGCCGACACACUGCUGCUGUCCGACAUGGACGACCUGCUGGCGUCGGCGGACAUGAGGGCCAGCGCCAACUCGGCGCUGUCCGAUGUGCCGCCCCGGGCCUCUGCCGCCGCGGCCACGGCCACCACGUCCUCCGCCCGGCCCGCCUCCAUGCGGGACCACCGCCAGGAGUCCGCCGCAUCCGACUACUCGGCGCUGUUCAGCUCCAUGGCAGACAGCGACGACGAAAAGCACAAACCCAAACAGCAGCAACAGCAGCAGCCAACCAAGCCGCCGCUGCCGCCCGGCGGCGCCGCCGCCGCGGCUGCAGCUACAGCCUCCGGCGGCCGUGGCCGCGCCACGGUGGCUGCGGAGCGGUCCCUGGGCGGCAGUAGCUCCUUCCUCAGUGACGACAGCGAUCUGUUCAGUGAUGAGGGCACCAAAGCAGAGGCGCGCCGAGCCGCAGGCCGCGCGCCGCCACCUCCUCCAGUGGCUGAGGCCUCGUCGCCGCUGUUCAGCUCCGCCUCCUCCCUGGAUUCCUCCGCGCCCUCCAUCAACAUUGUGGGCAGCGGCGUGGGGCUCGGCAAGGCCAGCAAAGCAGCCGCCAAGUCCGGCGGCGGCGGCGGUGGUGGAGGCGGCGCCCAACGGAUGCUGAUGCACCAGAGCAGCUCCAUGUCAAUCUCGGGCCUGGGCAGGUCGUCUGCGGAGCUGCCGUCGGCUGCGCAGCGGCAGCGCUCCCGGGUGAUGCGCAACCAGGCCAGCAGCAUCAGCUACGGAGCAGAGAGUCUGGAGAUUGAGCACAGCGAGGACGGCGGCGGCGGCGGCGGCGGCCGCCGCGCCGCCGCCACUGGCGACGUUGACCCAGAUGAGUAUGAAGUGGACUUUGAUGACGACGACAUCGACCUGGAUGAUGAUGAGAUUGCGGUUGGGCUGUCAUCAAACAAGCCAGUGUCGUCGGCGGCCAGUGGCCGGCCAAACACGCGACAUGGUGGCGGCGGUGCGGCGGUGGCGGCGCCGCCGCCGCCGCCGCCGGCUCGUCCAACGUACGGACAAAAGGGCACGGAUCUGGAUGAGACGCUGGAUCUGUUGGAUGCCAUUGACGCGCUGAGCAGUGAUGGCGAGGGCGGCGGGGGAAGAGGUGGGGGUGGUGGCGGCGGGUACGGAGGUGGCGGCGGGUAUGGUGGCGGCGGCGGGUAUGGUGGCGGCGGCGGGUAUGGUGAUGGGGGCUACGCGAGUGGUGGGUACGCGAGUGGUGGGUACGGUGGCGGUGGCGGCGGUGGCUAUGGUCGUGGCGGGGGGUAUGGGGGAUACUACUAGUAGAGACUGUAGGCGUUAGACUUCCUUAAGCACACAAGUGGACUGCUGAACUGUUGAGUACUUGGACCAUAUAUGAUUGAGUGGAGACCUGCUUGGCCACCUGUUCAAGUCAAGCCAGGCUGGGCAGCACGAGCAGGGCUUGCAUGCAUGGUGGCCAUUGGAUUCCGUUGUGAAUCGAAAUGAAGCGGACGUUGUGCCGUGUGCACAUCAGGGCGAAGAAGCUCAUGAACGUGCAGUUUGGCAGUGCAACAUGAACGGACCUGUGAUUGAAGCAUGCUUGCAGAAGUGCUCCCAAACCACCGAGACCACACACAGGGUCUGCGUUCGCGUGGGAUGCGCCGCCCUGGUGGGGCCCGCCAGGUCCCGCCAGGUCGCCAUUUGCUUAAACA